ACCAUCUGGAUCGUCGCAUCGUCCUGGACUUCUUAUGGCGGUGCCAGGAGCCCAAGGUCGUCAGAGCGCUCCUCUUGUACACAGAGGUAACGUGGAAAAGAGGGCGACGGUGGUACCUAGUGCUACAACUCUGUGGUCAGUCAGUCGUGGGAGGUACAACAAAACACAGUCAGGCGGUAAGUCGCCGCAGAGUCUAUCCCCACUAUCGCUGAGCCAGAGCGUCGACAAUGCUGCGAGGACGUCGAAAGCGCCGGCGUCUAGCUCAAAACCUUUCAACGCGGGCGCUCCUCCGCAUUCAAGCCAGGUGCACAGUUCCGCCGAUGUCCCCUCGGGCUCGUCGACGCCGCGUGACAGCCGCGCCACCGGCGCCAUUCUGGAGUCGUCGUCCAAGAGCCCAUCGUCUCGCGUCUGGCCUUCCGUUGACCAGACUCAGCGCUUGAGUCCCCUGUCACCCGGAGGAUCACCCACUCUGCGAAUCAGCUGCAUCAGCGGAGCCGCUACACACCCAUCCAAAGGCUCCCCGCUUCGUAGAAACCCUCCGCAGGGAGCCAACGGUCCUCCAAUCGGAGAGUCGAGGUCAGCCCUGCACCUACCGCUCGAUUCGCCCAAGCAAAGCAACGGUCCCGGUGGGAACAUCGUUGAGUGGCGCUCCAGGAGAACGUCGUCUCCCCGCAGAGGGUCACCACAGGCCAGUCCUCCUAAGCAACUCGCUCCGCUGGCUAAUUCCGAGUCACUCACGGCCGGGCCUUGCACGCCGAAGCACGCUAAAAGCAGCGGCCAGCACCCGUCUUCGCCGUCAGUCCCGACAAGCGUGUCCUCACAUCUCAGCCAGGGGGCCCCGAGUGGAAUGGCAAGCCUAGCGACGCCGCCACAAAUUGCCACCACGGGGUCUAAAGUGGAACAUACGAGCGUCGCCAGGUCGUACGCUAGCGAGACCGAACGGUCCGGCCACCAGCACUCGUCGUUCGCCCCUCCCGAUGGUGACGAAUCUCCCGAGCUUGGUACCCACCAAAAGAGCGUCGCUUUGAACGCGACACGGUCAUCGGCUCCCGGAAGACAAGAUGAUACUACGACUGAAGUAAAAAUUGAAGCCAGUGAAACGCAAAAGAAGCUGAGCCCGUUGAAUACGGUGGUGUUCGUGUGUUGCCUGGUUCCCGCGUCGCUGCUAUCUAUCGUGCUCUUCUUGGUCUUCAUGUAUCACUUCUACCUCCGAGACGUAGACGUCGCCCCAACACCGGAAUUGCGCAUCGCCAUUCACGAGAUCAGCAAGGAGAGAUGGCAACACGGAGACCGAUUGUCAAUGAGGGAAGUCAUGGUCAUCGUGCUGCUCGUCGCAAUCGGCAUGUCACAUGUUAUCGAAACGGACAGGCACAUCGGGAUUGACUCGACCACAGUGUCUUCCCUGUGCGCCGUGAUGGCAGUGGGCAUCCCGCAGACGCUGGGCUACCUUUGGCUCACCGAACACGUGGUGACAUGGCAGCUCGUACUCCGCCGCCUGCCUUGGGAACUGAUCCUGGUGCGGCUUGGAGGAAGCGCCCUGCAAGUCGUCGCCGAGCGUUCAGGGGUGUCCACGUGGCUGCUGGAGACAACGUUACUGCGGCACGUUAACACGCGGGUUCACCCCGCCUGGUGCCUUGUGGGGCUGAUGGCUGCGACGGCGCUGGUCUGCGAAGUGGACACCGGCGUCGCCGGGUUGCAGCUCGUCGACAAGCUGAUACUUCUGUCGGAGCGCAUCGAGCUACACCCGUUGUACUUCGUGCUGCCCGUGCUGAUGCAGUCUCGCUGCGUCCUGCUGAUGCCAUACACGAGCACGCCGCUCGCCUUCCUACACCUGUACACCCACAUGCGAAGAGCGGAACUGUACUGGCUGGGAUUGCUGCUCAAGGUCAUCAUCUACGUGGCAUUUGUGGUGGCGGCUAACACUAUGCUGUUCAUGUAGCGGCCAGCUUCUCGGCACGAGCGACGGCCUUGUACUAUCUGACAUUCCACCGGGAACACAAUUCCUAACGCGUUCUAGCAUUCUGCGAAUGGUGAACGUGACGUUCUCCCCCCCCCCCCCUCCCCUUGGCAACGUGAAAGACUUUAAACGUUAUUACAUUACAGCGAAUGCGGUAGCAUCACGUUGGUAAUUUUCGGUUCUGUACCAUGCUGCUGUUAGCUUGUGUUUCGAAUUUCUGUUGAUGAAAGUGCCAUUAAGCUUUGCGUUGCUAGUUUACUGCUACAUUGCGGCAUAGCAUUUCUGGAACUCACACAUCUAUUAACACAUGACUCUACGAUUACAGCCAAUGCUGUGAAGGUCAUGCAGAUGACAACGAAGACAUGAGUUGGCGGAUCAUUUAUAUAUAUUUGUGGGUUCAUAUUAUAUAACUGCGUUGUUUUCACGUUUUGAUAAAAAGCGGUAUGCUUUUGUAAUGGCCCGCUUGAAAGUACCAUAUUGCGCACUUGGGGCAGGAAAAUAACUAGCAGUGACUGAAUGAGAAUUUCUUGUAGCUGUAUUUACUUCAUACAUUCAACACAUUUUGCCAGUUUUUUGUAAUGCUCGUAGCUGUUGUGCGCAGAGCUCGCGCGCUAAAGUGUGCCUGCUGCCAAAUCCAUCCAUGUACUUGGUAGAAGUGUUAAGGAAAUAAACCGUUAUGCUGAUUGUACGCUCAUAUUUUAUUGAAAGCCGCAGUGAACGCAUGGCAGUAGCACAUAGUACAUCAAAGGAGGCAGCCACAGGGACCGCAGCGUGAGGACUUGAAGCGCGACCUUGACCUGACAGGCUCCUUGCAUCGGAUGACAUGUAGGCUUCCAGAUGC